AUGCAAAAAUUAAUGAGUAUAAAGCCAGAAUGCAUUGCUGUGAGUGUCAAAUUUCCAUAUAAUACUAUUAUGGAAAUAAAUGAUUUGCCUGAAGAUUUGCCACUUGAUUUACUUCGUCGUGUUGUCGCACGAGAAAGCGAUGUCAGUGUAAAUGAAGCGAAACUUUAUUUCAAUGGAGGUGAAAUUAAAAGCGGGGUUUCUCCGAAACGACUUUUUAAAGGAAUAAAUGGUAUUCCAGAGAUUGAGUGCCGAUUCAAUAGUUCUUCAAAAGCUACCAAAGUUCAUCUUGGAGAACGUGUUUGUAAAUAUUCUAGCACAGAUGAGAUCACUCUUUACAUUCAUAAAGGAGAAGAAAAGAACAAAGAUACUCAGCCCGAUUACCUUGAUUUGCAUUUGGAUAGUACAAAACAAAAAAAUGUUCUACAUGUCAUUGAAAUCGAAUGGAUGAAUAAUGGAAAGAAGAAACCGUUCCUCGGUGGCUAUCGUAGGAAAAUGGAUGGAGCUAUUUAUCAUAAUGCAACUGCUCAAACCAAGCCAAAAUUGCCUAAAAUUCCACCUGUACCCUUCUUUACAAGAGAUACGCAAACUUAUGAAGUGAAACAUGAGGAAAUAAACACAGUUGAAGUUUCCUCCACGGCAAUGCCAAAACCUGGAUUUUUUGUUACAAAUCUUAAUGAUAGAGUAAUUACACCAGGGGUAUAUGAAAGUUUUGAGGAGUAUCAGGCUCGGCUCAACCGAAGUGCUAUUAUAAUUCAAAAAUGGGUGAGGCGCUGGCUAGCCAAAAGAAGAGUAGCGCGUUUGAAGCAGCUGUUACAGGAAUAUAAUGAUUUUAUAUCACAAAAGGAGAGAAAAUACCUUCAAGACAAGAUUGACCGAGUUAAUCAGGAAUAUGAGAGGCGUGCUAACCCCCGAAAUCACUAUGAUAUUGAUAGGUUAUUCAAAGCCCUGGAGGAGUGGCGAUUGAAAGAAUUGGACAAAAUCCACCACAAUUCGGAGGAUAUUGUUAUUCUAAAGGCCAGAAUGGCUUUGUUGCUGGAUAAAGAGACUGAAUUUAUCAAAAUGAUUACAGAGAAACAGAACAAAUUAUCUGAAUGUGGAAGAAUGCUAAAAGAUAAGUGGCCUUUAGAAAAAGCCUCCCUUCCAAUGCAGUGGAUUUCUUCAAAGAAGGCAAUAAAUCUAGAGGCGUUUACACCAGCUAUACUAAAAGCACGUGAUCUUUUUGUGCUAUACGAGAAUCUUCGAAUGGAUUGCCUCACAAAGACCGAGCGUCUGGAUUUACUCCUUACAGUUAAAAAAUUUGCUGGCUCCUAUCCUUCAAAAGUUAGCUGCGAUCUGAUAGAUCUUAUAGAAAGGGAGACUGAAUUUAUGCUUCGUGGCAUCCCACCUUCUAUGUUAGCUGGUCUUCGUCAACGUGUGCUUCUGUCAUUUGUUGGGCUGUGUAAAAAUUCUGAAUUUAAUCCUGCUAUCGCCAAAUUCCUUCCCAUACCUGAUAAGAAGAUCCCUAACUCCCGAGCUCAAAUGUGGAGUGAUAUAUAUAAAUGCAUAUCCUGUGGCCGGUUUCUGAGAUCCAGAGCAUUUUAUUUUGGUUCCCGCUCAAGUACUGUUAAAAUGUGUAAAUUCUGUUGGAGACAAAGCAACCGUGGAAUCCGUCGACUUGAUUUAGAGCCCUACAAACGGAUACUUCAAGAUCUGCGAGACUCAGAAUCUGAAAUUCUUAUUAAAACCCAAAGAGAUAAUGCCAUUAAAAUGAGGCAACUGCAGUUAUUAGCAUUGGAUAGAGCUGUUGAGGAGCAAAUACGUAGACGAGAGACGCACGAUGACACUCCAGUGGAUGUGAAUACGCUUCUCAAUCUUGAAGGCGAGCUUCCACAACUUGAUAUAGAAAAAAUGACCAAUCACUUCGAACUUAUGGUCGAUAUUUCUGAUAUUUAUUACCUAGUAUCCGAUGUUUGGGAUGGCAAAUCCGCAUUUUCGGGUUGUUCAGAUCUCGAUGUGCUGAAAUUAUGCCGAUGGAAUGUUAGGCAACCUUGGGCACCUUGGAAUACUAUACUUCUCACAAAGAAAGAAGCCGAUCUACAUAUGGAAUUGAAAGAUAUCCCAUCAAAUGCCCUAUAUUCAGACACAUUGUUAGAACGAAUUCAGCAGAAAUUUGUUAUAGGUAGAAACGCCUUUAAGAUGUUAUGCAAAGUAGGCAAAUAUUUGAUAAAGGAGCCGUUUGAGUCAACAGGGCUGAAACCUGAAGAUGAAAAUUUGUAUUUACAACCACCAGAAAUUGUGAUUCCUUUUAUUAAAGGUGAAAAGAGAAUGUCGGAUUACGGAAUUGACACUUUAAAGGAAAUUUGGGAUCUUUCUGAAAUUGAAUUUAAGAACGAAAAGUAUCAUAGGAAGCUUGAUAAACAGAAUGUGUAG